GGCCUGUCAGUUCAGCAGCACAAGAUGGCGCGAGGUAGAAGCUGACUGCAACCAGCUGUCCUCGAACAAAUUCACUAUUGAACUGCUGACUUUUACUUUAGAAGAGAAAGAGGAAGAACGGGAGGAGGAGGAGGAGGAGGAAGAAGAAGAUGGAAGAAGAACAAGAAUUGGCAAAAAUGGAAAUAACAAAAGAAAAUGGAUUGGCCCAGGAAGAAGAUGACAAGCCACAACCACCACCACCAACGCCCCCACCUGAACAGAACAACACACACACACGACGCCCACACCUGCCCACCAUAGACUUCGUACUCGUCUAUAAGCCCUCACCUACAAGCAACACCACCACCACCACCACCACAGACACUACCACUGUGGCCACUCUGGACAAGGAUGAAGAGAAACACGAAAUGUGGAGGAAGAACUUUGAGAGUGAACUGAGAACUGAAGGACUAAUUUUGGAAGAAGAUUCUGUCGAUGAACUGCCAUUAAGGUUUGUUAAGAUCCACGCACCCUUUGAAGUUUGCCGAAGAUAUGCAGAAAUUUUGAAGCUUAGAAUGCCGAUGCGAGAGUGUGAUGAAGAAAUAAGAUUAUCAUUUAUUGAAAGAGCUGGAGCAAUAUUUAGUGAACUGUUUCCAGGACUUCCAGCACUUGAGUUCACCCCCCCAGCAGUUUUCCAGGACAUGACAGAUUGUGUGAGUCGUGUGUUCAACUUUGUGCGUCUGGACCCGUCUGUCUUCCCACCAAGGAACCGAAACUUCACAGCUGUUUACGCUAGGGAUAAGGACUAUUUAUUUGAAGUGACACCUGAGUUCUUCCGUCCAUCCGUGCGAGCGAGAAUUAUCGACUUCAUCCUCCGCCGAAAGAGAUAUGGUGGCAGGGAAGAAGAGGAUAAGGAGGAAGAGGAAGAUGUGAAGACGGGAGGCAGAGGAAGAGGUGGAGAAGAAGGGAGAGCAAUACAUGGAACUGAAACAGAAACAUUUGAGUUUGGAAUUGAGAAGUUGUUGGCAGAAGGAGCUUAUCUUGCAGCCUAUCCUUUGCAUGAUGGUGACCUGCACUCUAACACAAGCACCACCACAAAUCAAAGGGCACUUCUGCGGGAGAACUGGGCCAGCCUGAGGAAGUUCUACAAGUACCAGCCAUUAGACCACAUCAAGGACUACUUUGGGGUCAAGAUAGGACUGUACUUUGCCUGGCUGGGUUUCUACACCUACAUGCUCAUCCCUGCCUCAAUUGUGGGGAUAUUCUGCUUCAUCUACGCUGUUAGCACAAUUUCAGAACAUGCGCCAAGUAAUGACAUUUGCCACGAACACAACAAUAUGACAACAAUGUGUCCACUAUGUGAUAAAUUCUGUGAUUUCUGGGACUUACGCGAGACGUGUUUUCAUGCAAAGUUCACCUAUCUCGUGGACAACCCAUCUACUAUCUUCUUCACUGCCUUCAUGUCACUCUGGGCUGCACUCUUUCUGGAGAUGUGGAAGCGAUAUUCAGCAGAAAUCUCACACCGUUGGGACCUGACAGGCUUUGACAUCCAGGAGGAGCACCCCAGGCCUCAGUACUUGGCCCGGCUGGCACACAUCAAGAAGAAAACCGUCAACAUUGUCACAAAAACUGUUGAGCCACGUCCACCCUUCUGGAGAAUGCGCUUCCCUGGGGUCAUUCUCUCCUUGUCCACUGUGUUCCUACUGGUGACAAUGGCACUGGCAGCUGUUCUGGGAGUCAUUCUGUACCGCAUGUCAGUGUUGGCAGCUCUCAGCAUCCACGGGGAGAGUGUGCUCACCUCCUAUGCUCUCAUCUUCACCUCAACAACUGCUGCCUGCAUCAAUUUGGUCUGCAUCAUGAUAUUCAACCAGCUGUACGCACGGCUGGCAGAACGUCUAACGGAACUUGAACUGCAGAGGACACAGACAGAAUUUGAUGACAGCCUGACACUGAAGAUCUAUCUACUGCAGUUCAUCAAUUAUUACUCUUCUAUAUUCUACAUUGCAUUCUUCAAGGGCAAGUUAAUAGGAAGACCAGGGGACUACAAAAGAGUUAUGGGCUUCAGGCAGGAAGAGUGUUCGCCGGGUGGGUGUCUCCUUGAGCUGUCUGUGCAGCUGGCGAUUAUAAUGGUCGGUAAGCAAGCCAUGAACACUGUGCUGGAAAUGGUCCUGCCUCUUCUCUUCAAGUGGUACAACUUCCUAACAGUUGGCGAAGGGUUGAGGGAGGCCUAUGUGAAUUGGCCAAGGUGGGCUAAAGAUUUCAGGCUCGUCAAUUUUGAUCCAAGAGGCCUGUUUCCUGAAUACCUUGAAAUGGGCAAUCCAUUUCUUCCUUGCGGACUCACUCCCAGUUAUUUAAGAAUGGUUCUGCAGUAUGGGUUUGUGACCAUCUUUGUGGCUUCUUUCCCUCUGGCGCCAUUCUUUGCAUUCCUCAACAACAUCUUCGAAAUGAGGCUGGAUGCAAACAAGCUGCUCUCACACUUCCGCCGGCCCAUCCCUCAGCGAGUCAAGGACAUAGGUGUGUGGUUUAAGAUCCUAGACUCCAUUGGGAAGCUUGCUGUCAUCACCAAUGCCUUCAUCAUCGCGUUCACCUCAAACUUCAUCCCAGAACUCGUCUAUCGCUACGUUGUGUCCGAUAGAAACAGUCUUGAUGGGUUUCUUGACUACUCCCUUGCCACCUUCAAAGUGACGGACUACCCUGCAGCCUAUCGUCCAGACAGUCCAACACCGCCAGACUACUGCAGGUACCCAGACUACCGCCAGCCCCCUGAUAGUCCAAGCCCAUAUGACUAUGCACCGAUUUACUGGCACAUACUGGCAGCGAGACUGGCCUUUGUCGUGGUGUUUGAGAAUGUGGUGUGUGUGAUUAUCAUGUUCAUCAAGUGGGUGAUUCCAGACAUGCCCUUCCGUUUGCAGGAGCAGAUAAGAAGAGAGGCCUACGUGACCAAUGAGAUAAUAGUAGAGCAAGAGUUGAGGAGGGCCAGAGAAGGGGGGGAGGACCUGUCUGGGACACCCCUCCGCCCCAAUAGGACUAGGAGGAGGUACCGGGGGGCUUCAUGGGGGGGAGAGCCUUCAAAGGGGGAAGUGCAGGUCUGAAGUCAAAGAAAAUGCUGGAAUUUAAGGAAUAAUGGAAGUUUUCAGAAAAGAUAACAAAAGGAAUUUUUUGAAAAAAAGUGGAAAAGGAUUAAAAAAAGGAAUUUCUUGAAAAAAAAUAGUAUUUGAAUUUAGGCAUUUUCAAUAGAGUUUUGAGAGAAGAUAUCUGGUGAUAAAAGGUUGAGUUUCUGAAGGGAAAUUUUGUGAAGUAUUUCUGAAGAAAAAAAAGGAAGUUAUAAAGAAAAUGAGAUUU